UCCACCGCAAUUAGUGUUAUACGAAUCCAAAGCCCAUGGCCGGUCCGGCAACCGCGCAGCCGUCGUCGCGGCCCAGCGUCCUCCGUUGCUUGGUCGUCGCCGUCCUCUUAAUCGUCGUCCUCCUCGGCAUCGCCGUCCUCGUCUUCUGGCUCGCCGUCCGACCCAAGCCCCUGGAGUUCACCGUCGACGGUGCCCGCGUGCGCGGCUUCAACGUCUCCGGCCACGCGCUCGACGCCGCCUUCGACCUCACCCUGAGCGCCCACAACCGCAACCGCCGCGUGUCGGUGUACUACGACUCCCUGGAGGUGUCCGUGUGGCUCGACGAGCAGUCGGUGGCGGCGGCGGAGGCGGCGCCGUUCCACCAACCGCGUCGGAACGUGACGACGCUGGUGGUGGCCCCCGCUGCCCGCGGCGCGCCCCUGCUCGCGGCUGUGGAGAAGAGCCUGAAGAGGGAGCGGUCCGGCGGCUGGCUGGGGCUCGAGGUGCGAGUGCGCGCCCGGAUCAGGCUCAAGGUGGGCGCCAUCAAGACGCGCCACUACGUCCUCUGGGCCUACUGCCCGUCGGUGAUCGUGCGGUUCGCCGCGCCGUCGCCGGCGCAGGAAUUCAACAAGGUUUACUGCGACGUCGAUAUCUGAUGACCCAAUCAUUGCCUCGACGAGUGACCGCGCGCCGUCAAUUUCCAUCGUGUUCGUGUGCUAAAUUAUUGCGACAUUGCCCUGCCAUGAUUGAUUUUGUGUGUAUGCUUUUUAUCGUGUGUGUAUAUAUGCUUAUUAAGACCUGUUAUUGACCUAGGGACGGGUUGACGGGGGCGUUGGGGGCUAAAGAUUUCACCUUUUGCCACAUUAUUAAGACCUGUUGUUAAGGAUAUAUAAAUUUCAUUUUUCACAUUGCUCCCUGAUAUUUUAUAAAAUAA